UCCCAUGGAAGCCCGGGGGCGCUCGCGCUCGCGCUGCUGCUGCCUGGUCUCGCGCUGCAGCGCUCGGAGCUGUUGCACCGGGAGCAUCUGCGGGUGCGGACAGCGGAGCGCAAGGCGCCGCGGCCUCGGGCCAAGAUGAGUGAGCUGAGGCAGAGGCUCGGCCGGGAGCCCGACGGGGCCCAGGAACCCGAGGAGAAGGAGUCUGAGUCAGAAAACAAGCUGGAUGGAGAGACCGCAUCGGACAGUGAAAGCAAAUCAGAGUUCGGAGGGGCCCCUCCUGCACCUACAUCAGAUGACACUCCCGAGGUCUUAAACAGGGCCCUCUCCAACCUAUCUUCAAGAUGGAAGAACUGGUGGGUCAGAGGGAUCCUCACUCUGGCAAUGAUUGCGUUCUUCUUCAUCAUCAUCUACCUGGGACCCAUGGUUUUAAUGAUGAUUGUGAUGUGUGUCCAGAUCAAGUGUUUCCAGGAGAUUAUCACGAUUGGCUACAAUGUGUAUCGCUCAUAUGAGCUGCCCUGGUUCAGGACCCUCAGUUGGUACUUUCUGCUGUGUGUAAACUACUUUUUCUACGGCGAGACGGUAACGGAUUACUUUUUCACCCUGGUCCAGCGAGAGGAGCCCUUGAGAAUUCUCAGCAAAUACCAUCGCUUCAUUUCCUUUGCCCUCUACUUAACAGGCUUCUGUAUGUUUGUCCUGAGUCUGGUGAAGAAGCAUUACCGUCUCCAGUUCUACAUGUUUGGUUGGACCCAUGUGACUUUGCUAAUUGUUGUUACCCAGUCGCACCUCAUCAUUCACAACCUGUUUGAAGGAAUGAUCUGGUUCAUUGUCCCGAUUUCAUGUGUGAUCUGCAAUGACAUCAUGGCCUAUAUGUUUGGGUUUUUCUUUGGCCGCACCCCGCUCAUCAAGCUUUCCCCAAAGAAGACCUGGGAGGGUUUUAUUGGCGGGUUCUUUGCCACUGUUCUGUUUGGACUGCUGCUGUCGUACUUGAUGUCUGGAUACCGGUGCUUCACCUGUCCUGUGGAAUUCAAUAACGACUCCAACAGCUUCACUGUGGAUUGUGAGCCAUCUGAGCUGUUCCAGCUACAAGAGUAUAACAUCCCUCUGGUGAUUCAGUCUGUCAUUCGCUGGAAAACAGUCCGGAUGUAUCCCUUCCAGAUCCACAGCAUCGCCCUCUCCACCUUUGCGUCCCUCAUCGGGCCCUUUGGAGGAUUCUUUGCUAGUGGGUUUAAGAGAGCCUUCAAAAUCAAGGACUUCGCCAACACAAUCCCAGGGCAUGGCGGGAUCAUGGAUCGCUUUGACUGUCAGUACUUGAUGGCUACCUUUGUCAACGUGUACAUUGCAAGUUUUAUCAGGGGUCCUAACCCAAGCAAACUGAUCCAGCAGCUUUUAGCUCUACGGCCAGACCAGCAGGUCCACAUCUUCAACACGUUAAAGGCGCACCUUGUUGAUAAGGUUCCGGAGGGCGGAGAUUCACAUCUGCGGUGCUACACAAACAAAUAUUUGAUCAAAAGCAAAAUGGUGCCAAGAGGAUAUUAAGGCAGAGCCCAGGUGAGAUGCAAUAAAAGGGUCUGAUUCUGCACCAUGCAAGACACCCUCAGCUCCCACUGAGGGUGCUCAGCAAAUUGCAGGACUUGGCUCUGUUUCUGUGGUCUCAAUUCAGGGUAGCGUUGAAGCAUUUUUGCUUAAUUUUUAAGCAUAUGCUUUCCUGAACUGUAGACUUUAGAGCCAGUGUUGUGUCUACUGAAAUCCAUCAGAGUCAUGACUUUGACUUAAAGGCAUUAAAUUCAGGCCCUUAAUUUUGGUUUCAAAGGCAAUUUAGAAGAUUGUUUUUAAACCUUUCCUCCCUUAGGUCUCUUUGGGGGGGUUUAAUCACCUAGCAAAACAAAAGUUGCUGCUAUUUUGGAUACUUCUUGUCUGAUACCAAUAUCUGCCAGAAUUCCAGCAUACUAAACUGUGUUUGAGCAGAUGUUCAUGAACAAGUUAUCAAAUGGACCUACAGUACUGUCUAAUAAAUGUGAUUACAGUGUAUUGAUCUACAGAAAAAGAACACUGUCACCUGUUUUCAUGUGAGAAUUUGGUCCUCCGCCUUCAUCUGUUCUACAGCUUCAUACUUUUUUUUACAAUUAUUAGGCAUACUUUUUUUUUUUUUUUUUUGGAGGAAGCUUAUGAUUUUAAACUAUAGGAUUUGGGUUUUCUUCAUGUUGGGCUUUUUUAAUGCUGAUUGUGAACACUGGAGGGCAUUGUGUGUUCUUGAGUGUCUGCAUACUCGUAGGAGAUAGGAAUAGCCAUCCACAUAUCUAAUUAAAAGCUUUCUGAACUAGGCUGAGUACAGUUUUUCAAACCUGGGUUCAUAUGUUUCCUCUACUUCUGCCCCCUCCUCAACCUUGAAGUGCAGUAAAACGAACCUUCAAACCUGUCAGGAAUCCUGAUAAAUUAAGUCUAUAUGUAAAGGCACUCAUGAGUGUUUGGCUGCUCUUACUCAGUCGCAUGGCUUCUUGGACGUGUACAAUAAUUACACUGGUUUAACAUCCAAGGGACUAUGGGAUAACACCCUGUGUAUGCUGUACAGAAGGAUAGAAUCCUCCUCUCUUUUGCAUAGCUCUGUGGUGCAGCCUGUCUUCAUUGCACGUAUCCAUUGGUUUAUUAAAAAGCCCUAUUAGGUCCUUCCCUGAAAUAUUUUUUAAACUUGGUCCUAACAUAGCUCUUGUGAGGCCUUAGAUUUAGUGGCUUUGUGUAGCUAGCGCUCACAAAACACACUGCCAACAACAGAGCUGCCUUGGCAAGGUUUUCAUAAAGGCAUUCACCAGAACUUUUUCCUACAGCUGAAAUGCACGAAAUCAAGAACCCCUGCAAGUUUCCUGUAUGCUUUGGUAGCUGCUUUGUGAGCACUGUUAGGUUAAAGGGAAGGCUCUCUGGGCUUGCUUUACAAGGAGACAAACUGCAAAAGCAAAGUCGCUGGUGUGUCAGAACAAGUGGUUGAGGAACAAAUUCAACAGCUCUGUGGUUGUCUGAGCUAAGAGGAAGGUAAUGUUCCUCAUUCUGGGUCUCUGAAUUAACCCAAAGCUGUUAAAGGGUAGAGCUUCCUUGCUGUCUUGUUUAGGGCUCUACAAAUUGGCUGGUUUUGAGACUACCUGCUAGCAAGGUCAAUGAAAUGGCCGAAAGCCAUUUAAAGGGAUUUUUAGAAUGCUCUAAUAAGUGAGGGGAAUGUUGGAGACAGGCCCUGAUCCUGCAACUGGUUGAACAGGGGGACCCAUUGCACCCACAAGCAGAGCCAGGGGCCUAAAAUCCUCUGCUUGGAGAGAGGUGUCUUCAUAGAUGAUAGUAGGUAGGUAACAUAGCUGAGUACAAGCUGCUAAGAGACCCGAAGGUUAGAGGAUGCUAUGUGGUCAGCGAUGGUGAGUGGAGGUGACAAUGAAGGCAGUUGUUGGGGAGUACUAGCUGAAAUGGUCUGGUAACGGGAUGACUAGUCCUGCUGAAUGCAUAUUGAUGAGUUGGCCAAGUUCAGUUGCACAUCCUUUUAAAAAUUCCUUGAUAUUCUUUGAGCUAAAUGAAAAUAUAAGCAAGCCGUGAAUGAGCACAGCAGCUAGAAUCAAAUGUCUUCAGGUAUUAGUUUUGAGCAUAGUAGCCAGUUGUCACUUUUUUUGCUUAAAUCCAUUAAAUCCCCAAUAAAUGCCCUAUGUGCCAAGCUCCUUUUUGCCAUGGGUGGUGCAUAUGGCAAGGGUACUUAGUUUGGUUAUGCUGUCUUUUGUUAGUACUAUCUAACUUUCCAUUCAGAGACUUCAUAAUUAGCAAACCUCACUCCUUAAAUAGUGGGAUAGAAUUCCAUUACUGCCUGUUUGUGUUGGGUUCUCCUCUAAUCUGAAAUGUGAGCAGAUGUUGCUUUUUUAUGUUAAAACCCUAGCUCUCAAGUGAGGGAAUGGUUGAUUAUGGCAUGUGUUGGCUUAUCAGAAUAGAGCCAGGGAGCUGGAGUUUGUUUGUAGUCAGGAGACUUGAUUGUCUGAACAGUGAACUUCAAUGUCAUAUAGAUGGUGGUUUCUCCCCUUCCUAGGAAGAGCAGAAUAAUACAGGAAAGCAGUAGGGGGCUGUUGAAGGUUCAUCAUGUACCGAGGGUAGAGCAUACUAGCUUUUCCAUUGAAGGCCUGAAAUAAAAUAGGGCAAAUUUGGUAAAUGUUAGCAGUGUUUAAAAUGCCUGAACACUGAUUGGGGCAAAUGCCUACAGGUAGGCUGACUUUGGUUCUAAGCAGCCACACACUGGUUGCCAAUCGCUUUGGAAGCGUGGAGCAGUUUAGCUUGCAUUUCCAACUGGAAACUGGCUUCUCCAACCCCAGUUGCAGCCCAGGUUACACUGUGGAUUAGACACAGCUUGAAUAGAAGGCCAGGAGUGGCCCAGAAUGCACAGCAUAGAGCCUCAUUACCGCCCAAGUUCUGCUAGGCUUACUCCACAGUCAUCUUUCCUGUGUGCACUCCCCUGGAUUUAAUUAGGAUUACUCAGAGUGAGUAUAAUCUGCAGAAUCUAGCUCCCAUUUGAUUGAAAGUGGGAUUUUUGCCAUUGACUUCAGUGGGGAAUCCUACAGCACCACAGAAACCUGAAGCGCCAGUAAGUACAUUGCAGAGGCCUUUGGGAAUUGUUGAUUUCACAUGGAUCAGGCAGGUCUCCUAGUUUGCUGCAUGCAUUGGACUCCCACGAGCACGAAUGCCAAGACAGUCACUGUCUGCGAAGAGGGGAGAAUUCUCCAUCUUCCUGCAAAAAUCUUUUUCCUGCUAGUUCUGUACACUUGGAAAAUAGAUGUAACCAUGCAAAAACCAUCCAUGGUGGUCGUCAAGACUUGGUGGGGGAGACAACCAUUUUAAAAUUGGAGUCAGCAUGCAUCUGUCAUCAUGAGGUCCUCCCGACACCUGUAGCCCACCCCAGAGUUACAUUUUUGUACCACAGUAAUUUCCCCCUGAGUUACUGUUCCCCAGCUCUGCUGUAUCCUCUGCCAUCUGCUUACUUCUCUGUGCAUUGUUUUUGAUCAAUGUUUUAAGCAAUACAUGUAGACUUGCCUUUAUUUGAUUGGAUGUCAGAAUGUGAUAUAUUGUAUAUUUUAAAGUAUUUACCUUUAUUUAUAUACUGUAUGUUACUGUUAAAUAAAUAGAUAAGUUCCAUUA